AUGGCCAUGCCUGACCUACUCGAUAUCUUGGACUUGACUGAGUUUUGCCCUGAUUUUGCUGAUGACGAGCAGACGUACUAUGAGAUUGUGUACGGCUUCCAGUACAUUGCUGACGGGGCCGCCUCUGCUCAGUCACUGUCCGGGGACACCACUACCAACCCAGCGUACUCGAAGGACUCCACCACAAACAGUGUCGACAGCAGUGGGUUCUCGAACACCUCUGAGAACAACGCCAGCAACAACUCCAUGUCGGAGAUCUCUGGGAACAACACCGGCAACAACUCCGUGUUGAUAUCGGAGACCUCUGAGAACAACACCGGCGAAUCGGAGACCUCUGAGAGCAACACCAGCAACAACUCCACGGAGAUCAUGCCAUGA